AUGGUACGGCGAAAAGGAGCUUCCUCUUGGAGCAAGAUUCGAGUGUUACAGAGCUUAGCUUCCGCAUCUGCAACGCGUGUGAUUUCAUUUCACCUCCUGGCCAGUCAACACUUCGUAAUCCAAUUACUGUCGAUGCCGUUGGAACCCCCCCCUUUUCAAAAUUCUCAAGACGGCAUGGCAGUGUGUAUUUGCUUUAGAGAUUGUGGAAUGUCUGUGUGCCCUCUAGCUCAUUGUCGAUGA